AUGUCUUCAACCCCUCAGCUCACUGCUCGCGAUGUGAACUUGCUCGCAAUCGCCUUCCAGUCAUUGAAGGAUGACAGUGCACUGCAGAUCGACUACGCCAAGAUGGCCCAGCUCGCCGGGUACAAAACCGCCGCAUCAGCCAAUGCCUGCUUCCUUACCCUUAAGAAGAAGCUCAUGGCUGGCGCAAGCGUCAGCAAUGCCGCCGCCGCUCCCACUCCGAAGAAAGCCAAGGGCAAAGCUGCUGCCAACGGAGACGCCGACGAUGACGAUGAAGCUACCUCUAGCAAAGCUGCUCCUAAGAAGCGCGGCAAGGCCAUCAAGACCGAACUUGCCGAUGUUGAAGGAGGUGACGCCGAUACUGAAGUGACUCCCGGCGCCGAGUCUCCUAAGAAAGGUCGUGCAAAGAAGCGUACUGGCCCUUCCAAGACUGAGGCCAACGGUGACACUCCCACCAAGGCCACCACCAAUGAGGAUGCUACCAACGACACCGCUGCCACCGGAAUCACCACUCCCACCCCCACCCCCACCCCCAAACGCAAGCGUGGCCCAAGCAAGCCCAAAGAUCCCAACGCCACUCCCACUAAGCGAGCCAAGAGAAAUGCCAACGCAAAAGUCACUACCAGUGCCGAUGGGGCCGCCGCCGACGACAACAAUGACGCUGCCAACACCCAGCUUCACGGGGUUGAGACCGUCGCUCAGACCAACGGGGAGGGCUCCAUCUUCGGCGGCGACGCCAACGUCAAGGAGGAGGAGCAGGAGGGUGACGACCGUUGCUUUGAUGCGGAGGAGCAGAAGAUGGCCGAAGAUGAGCUGUUCAACAUCUACACCACUGAGGGCCAGGCUGCUUGA